CGCUGAUUCGAAGUUCUUCUUCAAGAUGAGAUCAUAUGGCAAAGAAAAGAAGUUAGGGUUUCCUUACGUUUUCUUGGCGUGUUGCUUCUUCUUAGCCAUCUUCGGUUUCUGUUUCUUCAAUCUUCUCUCUCAGAGAAGUUUCAGUGAGAUUCCGACGCGAAGAUCUGUUAACGAAGAAACUGAAUCUUUGGAUCAUGGUUCUGUCUCCAACAUUCCUUUUCAGGUUUUAAGCUGGAAUCCUCGAGUUUUUUACUUGCCGAAUUUCGCAACUAAACAACAAUGUGAAGCCGUUAUCGAUAUGGCAAAGCCUAAGCUUAAGCCUUCUCUGCUUGCUUUAAGGAAAGGCGAAACCGCAGAUACCACUCAAAACGUUAGAACAAGUACCGGAGUGUUCAUUGGUGCUGAUGAAGACGAAUCCGGGCUUUUAACUGCCAUUGAAGAGAAAAUAGCUUUAGCCACGAGAAUCUCUACAGAUUAUUACGAAUCAUUCAACAUCUUGAGGUAUCAGCUUGGCCAGAAAUAUGAUUCACAUCACGAUGCUUUCCAUCCAGCAGUGUAUGGUCCCCAGAUAAGCCAAAGGGUCGUGACUUUCCUAUUGUUCUUAUCGAGUGUCGAAGAAGGUGGAGAGACGAUGUUCCCAUUUGAGAUUUUGGUUUUGAGGAAGCAGAGUGGGAGAAACAUGAAUGGAAGUUAUGAUUAUGAGAAGUGUAUUGGUCUGAGAGUAAAACCGCGACAAGGAGACGCCAUUUUCUUCUACAAUCUGUUGCCAAAUGGAACGAUCGAUCAGACAUCUCUACAUGGAAGCUGUCCUGUUAUUAAGGGUGAGAAAUGGGUUGCCACCAAAUGGAUAAGAGAUCAAACAUAUGAUUGACUUGUAAAAUGUGAAAAUUUCAUUUUCUUCAUAUUUACUUUUAAAACAAUAAUGCCUAAAAGGUCCA